UGAAGAGUCAGGAGGACAGCCUAGGGGAUACAGAGGAUCUAGGGAGCUGAGCACGAGCCUAGACAAGCGCCUAGGGUGGCGUAGGCAAUAGUACAUCGCAAGACAAAUCGCUGGCCUCUACUUAUCCGGUUGCUCAGCGUUUUCUCCCCUCGCCUCUUCCCCUCCUUCCACGUCGUCUGUCGUGCUUGAUUCCCCUCUGCGUUAUCGAUAUCCGUACCGUAUCUCUGUCAGCAUUGAUACCACGCGGCCAUCACGCCUGUCGCUGGCGGAAGUCAUGCAAGUUGCCAAACCACGCCGCCACAGAUCAAACUCCUCUAAUCCCUUCAACGACCCUUCUUAUCCCAUAUCUUCAUUCUCCGCCUACGGCGUGCCGACCCUCACUAGAAACGCCCCCGUUCAUCAAUCAACUCAUCGCCCCCCUCCACCUCCGCCCAAGGUCUUGCCCAAGUCGUCUGCCAGCGCCAGGAGGCCUCAUACAUCUUCCGGCACUCGCGAGCACGUUGUUGAAGCCGUCCGAGAUACCGUCCAGUUGAGGAACAUGGAUCAAGCCCCUCGUACCAGAAUCAACAGGAGCAACACUGAGAUGCCUCCACACCUUAGUUCAAGGCCAUCGAAUACGACGACCCGUCGGUCUCACUCGCAAGAUUCCGGCAUCAAUGGUACGCUUGAGAUGUCGAGGGCCGGAGGCCGCCCUCGCACAGGGUCGUCGGCGAAGAAGGGCUCCUCUCAUGCCGAUGUCAUUGAUAGGCUCGACUUCUCGGGUGUUGGUCCCAUGUUCCACCAUGACGGGCCGUUUGACGCCUGUGCGCCCUCUCGCAAUCGGCACCGCGCGAAGGCACCUAUGAUGGCAUGGAGUACGGUCACUGACGCGGAUAAGGAGGCUCUCGCCAAUGCGCACGAGGUCCCUCACAACCAGGAUGGACCAUACCCUUCUCCCGAUAUAUACGUUCCUUACCAGGCUCCCAAGAAGAAGCACGAUGCUAUCGCGGAAGCAUGGGGAAUGCACGAACCGGAGCCAUUCGAGGACUUUUCAGCAGGCGGUGGUACGUCAAGGACCAACGGCGAUUACUCGUCGUCGCGUAACGGCACUUCGAAGCAUACGCAGGAACGUAAGCAACGCGAUGAGAGACGCCCCGACGCUCAUCGCCAGGCCUCUAAGCGAAGCCCGCUUCCUCCUCCUCAGCCGAUUUUUGUCCCGGACGCGGACGGGGAACUCGUCUCUCAGCUCUCCCCAGAGCCCUCUUCGCCGAACGGAACACCCAAGCGCAACAAGUCAAUCAUGGGUCGCAUCCGCAAAAUGCGCGACUCUCCAAACAUGCCCGUUGGAUCGGACGAUGACAACGUCUCCCCGACAUCGUCCACUGAGAAUUCUGCAGCCGCGCAAUUCGCCCCGGGUCCUCACACCGCUCGUCCGACACACCGUCCUCAGAAUUCUUUUUUGGGUCGGUUUGGGCG